CCAGACAGCGCUGAAAUAGGAGCGAGUCUGGCGGUGAAACUGCUGCGUCACCGAGCGCAGUAAACAAACGGAGAGAUAAAAUAACCUCAUGUCGACUUGACUAACUUGACUGUCGCUGUCGUUGAAGUUUAAGGAAAGAUGUGCGGAAGAACGGCGUGCACUCUGGCUCCGGACGAGGUGAGCCGAGCCUGUAACUACCGCGACCGCGGCGGUCACCGUCGGCGGCCCGCCUGGAGGGAUGGAGACUCGGACAAGUACAAGCCGUCCUACAACAAGAGCCCGCAGUCCACGAGCCCCGUGCUGCUCUCCCAGAGACACUUCGACAAGACUGCACCAGUGGAUGAGUGUGUACUGGCAGCCAUGCGCUGGGGUUUGGUCCCGUCCUGGUUCAAGGAGGACAAUCCAAACAAGAUGCAGUACAGCACCAGCAACUGUCGCAGUGAGAACAUUCUGGAGAAGAAGUCUUACAAGGAGCCAAUGAUGAAGGGGCAGCGCUGCGUCAUCCUGGCCGACGGCUUCUACGAGUGGAGGAGGCGGGACAAAGAGAAGCAGCCUUUCUUCAUAUAUUUCCCACAGAGGAAGGGUCUAGGGAGGAGCGGGGAUCAGGAUCAGCCCAGCAGCUCAGAGCCGGCGUGCCCUCCAGACCUGACCGAGGGAGACGUUCCAGACGAGUGGACCGGCUGGAAGCUUCUGACGAUGGCUGGGGUGUUCGAUUGCUGGACCCCUCCAGGGGGAGGAGAACCUCUCUACACUUACAGCGUCAUCACUGUCAACGCAUCCCCGAAGCUUCAGAGCAUCCAUGACAGGAUGCCGGCGAUUCUGGACGGGGAAGAAGAAAUAAGACAAUGGCUGGACUUCGGGGAGGUUAAAUCUCUGGAUGCCUUAAGGCUGCUCCAGCCCAAGGAUAUUUUAACAUUUCACCCGGUGUCCUCGCUGGUCAACAAUUCCAGAAACAACUCGCCCGAGUGUCUUCAAGCUGUGGACCUGAACAAGAAGGAGAUGUCAGCGGGCAGCAAACUCAUGAUGAGCUGGCUGUCUGGGGGGAAGAGGAAGGAGCCGGACUCAAGUCAAGAAUCUGGAGAACCCAAGCAGAAGAAGUCUGCAUGAGGACUUCCAAUGACAGCAACGCUUCCUUCAGUGUUCAAUAUUCUUCUGUGUUAGCGCUGUCAGCACUUUACAAAGAAAUAAACAGCUCAGUUCAUUUA